CAGCAGCAGCAGCACACAGCAGUAGCGGUAGCAGCAGCGCUGUACACCGGGCAGUCGGAGGAGCACAGGCGUGGGGACACACCGCCGGGGAGCGGGCACCAGAGACCGGUAACACCACGGCGGAACUUCCCGGCCGUUUCUUGGUCGUGGGGAAAGCGCGUGAACACCGUCAUCAUAUGACUGAAGGUUCCUCUUAGUUUUAUCAGCUGUGAGACGGGAACUCCUUCAGGGCCAAAUUUGGGAGUAACGUAGCCGCUGGUGGUGUGGAAGAGGAGGAGGAAAAGGAUGCAGUUCCAGCUCGUCUCCGAGCGCCGCGCAGUCCGCCUCCGACGCUGCUGAUGCCCGCCGCACGGGGAUCACCGCCCAGCAGCAGCAGCAGCAGCAACAGCAGGAGGGGGUCAGGACCACAAGGCGAAGGGGACUGGUAGGGAUGAUGAGGACGGUCAGGUCGGGAUCAUGGCUAACGGAACCGGUACCAUAAUGUUAAAAUGCGUCGUGGUCGGAGACGGUGCAGUGGGCAAAACGUGUCUUUUAAUGAGCUAUGCCAACGACGCCUUCCCCGAGGAGUAUGUGCCCACAGUCUUUGAUCAUUAUGCAGUGAGUGUCAACGUCGGUGGAAAGCAGUACCUGUUGGGACUGUAUGACACAGCUGGUCAGGAGGACUACGACCGCCUGAGGCCGCUGUCCUACCCAAUGACCGAUGUCUUCCUCAUUUGCUUCUCUGUGGUUAAUCCUGCCAGUUUCCAGAAUGUGCGAGAGGAAUGGGUGCCUGAGUUGCAGGAAUAUGCACCCAGUGUUCCGUACCUGCUCAUUGGCACCCAGAUUGACCUUCGUGAUGACCCCAAGACCAUUGCCAAACUGAAUGACAUGAAAGAGAAGCCAAUAGCUACAGAGCAAGGACAGAAACUGGCAAAGGAGAUUGGUGCAUGUUGUUACGUUGAAUGUUCAGCACUGACCCAGAAGGGCCUGAAGACGGUGUUCGACGAGGCCAUCAUUGCCAUCUUGACUCCCAAGAGAAAGAAGGGAACCCUGAAGAGAAGACUGGGACCUCGCUGCAUUAACUGCUGUCUGAUCACGUGAUGCAUAAAUCCAGAGAUCGGUCAGCAGCCAACCCAUAAACCAAACCAAGACUGAAGGCAAACGACAAACAGAAGUGAAAUGCACAGACAGCAGUUUGAGACAAAAAAAUGUGACUGAAAUUGGCAAAAAAAAACACAACACAAACAAGAGCUACUUUUAGCUGCAAUGCUCUUGAAAGGCCAUAUGUUUCUCUCCUGCUGUCCAUCACUGGGGUUGAGGAUGCAGUUUACUACCAAAGGAGCACAAAACCCAAGUCACUCUCUUCUUCGUAAAGACUUUUUGCCUAAGAGUACCUUCUUUUAUAGCCAUUUUUAAUCUUUUUUCCUGUACAAUUGUUGUAUGCUGUCAUACAAAAAAAAAACAUCAAUGGCUAUUCAGUUUUAAUAGAAAUGCUACAUUUAUGGAGUUCAUAUAAGUUCUAUGGUUUUGAAAGAUAGAGAUAUGUGUGUCCAAAUUAAGGAGAAAAAAACAAAA